AUGUCUAUAACUGAUCUCCCGCCGGAAUUGCUCCAAUUGAUCGGAAGUCACCUCAAUCAAAAGGACACAUGUAACCUGAUAUCCACCUCGCAUCGAAUGCACAGCGUGUUUCAACGAAAACUCUACACGAAUGUGAUUUUCGGGAAAAAAAACGCGAAUUCGGCCCAGAGUUUUCUCUACACUGUGGUUCGGAACCCCGAACUGGCUGUCUGUGUUCAAUCUCUAGCACUUGCGUGCUGGGAAACCCACGUAGACUGGGAAACCGACCGGAAAUCCGAGAAAACCAUCGAAAGACCCAAUUUUGACGGUGAUCUUAUUCGGAAAUUAGUUGAUGAAGCAACCGAAUACCCCGAAGAAGAGAAGUCGAAAUGGCUACAGGAUCUCGAGGAGUUUUAUGACGAUGCCUGGCUAGCAUUGCUCAUUCCCCGAUUGACUGGUCUACGGAAAAUCGGCUUUGAAUGGCCGUUCGGUUCUUCCCAUGUUAGCGUAAUGCUCAAAAACGCUGCCAUAAAUGGAGGCUCCUGUUUCCUUCAUCUUGAAGAAAUGCAUCCGUUCUUCAUAUUUCCAUCUGUGCGCAAAGUCAGUGGGUGGAAAGUGGCGGAGAAUGCUAAGGAGGAAGAAGAUCUCGAGCCCGACCUUACUGAGAUUCCUGACCCUACUGAGAUUCUCAAAAAUCUUAGCCUCCCAUCUCGAUGCUCAAAUGUAACGGAUAUUGAUCUCUCGCAAACCAAUGCUACGGGGGGAAUGCGAGAAUGGAUCCGGGCCUGCAAAACGUUAAAGUCCUUCCGUAUCAUCCACGGUGGAGCAUGCAUCUCAUACGAUGAUAUACAGCCCCGCAGACUCUACGAUUCACUCUCGCUGCACAAACCCACGUUAGAGGCUAUCUGGGUUGAGCAUGACGAAUACGCGUCAAACAGCGACAACGAAACCGAAUGGAUGGGGUCAUUUGUCGGUUUUUCUGCCUUGAAAUUUCUCCGUCUCAGUUUAUACAAUCUCGUGGGACUCAACGAAGAAGGCUCACCCACGCGAAAGAUAAGCGAUGUGAUUCCCUCGUCACUGGAAACAUUGUUCCUGGACAUUCAAUGGGGGGACUUUUGUGACGUCCUGGAUGACUUGGCGGAGAUCGCCACCUCAAGGAAGUUUCCUAAGAUUGCCACGUUCCAUAUUGAGACCUGCGAUCAAUUUAGUAGUCCAGAGGAGGGUUUAAAAGUUGAAUUGUUACAACAGAGGUGUCGAGAGGUUGGAGUUGCGUGUCAUGUGCAUGAUACAAAGAGUCGUGAGUAUAUGGAAGGUAUCCGGCUUCGGAAAAGCCUUUGGCCCCAGUGCGAGGCAGAAGACCUCGAAUUCUUUUGGUAG